AUGACUGAAUCAGGACCUAAGAUCGGCUUCAAGGAUGCCUUGAACGAGCUCGAUGACAAGCGCAUCAAGGAGAUCAAGCCUUUAAUCCCCCCUCAGAUCCUCAUGGAGGACUUGCCCCUCUCCCUCGCUGCUGCCCAGACCAUUAUCCUCGGACGCCAUGCUGCCGAGGAGAUCAUCAAGGGCCGUGAUGACCGUCUCCUCGUCAUUGUCGGACCCUGCUCCAUCCACGAUACCAAGGCUGCCAUCGAAUACGCCCACAAGCUGAAGGCGUAUGCAGCAGAGGCAUCAAAGGACUUGGCGAUCAUCAUGAGAGUGUACUUUGAGAAGCCCAGGACGACCGUCGGCUGGAAGGGUUUAAUUAAUGACCCCCAGUUGAAUAACUCUUUCCAGAUUAAUAAGGGUCUUCGUGUUGCCCGUACUCUUUUGCUUGACUUGAACGAGAUGGGAGUGCCUGCCGGAUGCGAAUUCCUGGACACGAUCUCGCCCCAGUACGUCGGAGACCUCGUCUCGUGGGGUGCCAUCGGAGCCCGCACGACCGAGUCUCAGAUCCACCGUGAGCUGGCCUCCGGUCUCUCAGUUCCCGUCGGCUUCAAGAACGGCACCGAUGGCAACGUCGGUGUUGCCCUGGACGCCAUCAAGUCCGCUUCCUCGGGCCACCACUUCCUCUCUGUCACCAAGCAGGGUCUCUCUGCCAUCGUCUCGACCGAGGGUAACGACUCUUGCCACGUUAUCUUGCGUGGAGGUGUCAAGGGUCCUAACUAUGAGGAGGCUGAGGUCAAGGCUGUUGCCGAUAAGUUGGUUGGAGCCAAAUUGCCUGCCCGGAUCAUGGUCGAUUGCUCCCAUGGAAACUCCUCUAAGGUCUUUUCGCGCCAGAUGAUUGUCGCAGAGGAUAUUUCCAAGCAGAUGAGCAGUUCUGCGUUGUCUGGGGAUGCGAUUAUGGGAGUGAUGAUUGAGUCGCAUUUGAAGGAGGGCCGUCAGGAUAUCCCCGCUGCUGGGCCCCAGGGUCUCGUCUAUGGCCAGUCUGUGACGGAUGCUUGCAUCUCGUGGGAGAACACUGUUGUGCUGCUGGAUAACUUGCGUGAGGGUGUUCGUGGUCGCCGUGCCAGGAGAUCGGGCAGCGCAUAA